UUGGUGAAUUUGGAGAAUAUUAAUUUUCAAGCAACAAUUUAUAGCACAUGGAAUAGACGAUCACAUGAAUUGUAAAUAUCGACAUCGCGAUAAGCAUAAAAUGAAGAGUGAAACCGCUGAAGCAUGUAUCGUAAUUUCAAUGAAUUUAGAUUUCGAUAUAAAAUUAAUGCCAAUAUAUUUAGUAUACUCUGCAUGUUUAUUAUACUCUGCUAUUAAUUUAUUCAGUUCAAUGCAAAUGCGAUAUGAAUAUUUCGAGUGUAAUUAACAAUGUAAUAAAUAUUCACUGAAAUGAUAUCAGUUUCGUCCGUCGAUGGCAAGUCGUAGUAAUUUCCUUCUUUCAUCAUUGUAGGGAUGAACCAAGAUGCGAAGCGAAAUUUGGAUCAGAUCGGCGGUGGGCAUCUCGUGAGAGACACCGACAGGCAAUUCGAAGGUUUAUUAAACGGGGAAGAGAGUCGUUUGGCUCAAUAUUUAAAUUCCGCCAGUGACAAGCAAAUACUCGACACACUCCGCCGAGGACUUUUUGCCGAUCGAUUCCGUAAUGGAAAUCUCAUUAAUUCUUCGAUUAACUCUGCAGCGUUCGUCGAUCCGAUAAGUCGUCCGUACAAUCCCGAUUUAAGUGCCGGUCAACUGAGCGACCAGUUAUUUAUGAAUCAGUUUCGCGACGCUCCGAGCAACGCGCAGGAGGGUGAUAGGCGAAUCGUUAGAAAUCUAGAUCAGAUCGGCGGUGGGCAUCUCGUGAGGAAUUUAGAUCAAAUCGGUGGCGGGCAUUUGGUAAGAAAUCUGAAUCAGUUAGGUAAUGAGCAGUUGAUCAGAAAUUUAGAUCAGAUCGGCGGCGGACAUCUGGUAAGGGACUUACAUCAAAUCGGCGACGGAAAGAUCUGGUUAGACGGCGAUCUGGUUAGAAGCAUCGACUAUCCAAAUGCAGAGACGAAACGGCGGCGCAUUGAUCAGCCGACGAGUAUCUCGGAGAAGCUGCAUUUCACGCGAAAUCUGGAUCAGAUCGGAGGGGGAAAUCUCGUGAGAAACUUAGAUCAGAUUGGAGGAGGAAAUCUUGUGCGAAACUUGGACCAGAUCGUGUGUGUCUAUUAUUACAGGCGGAAUAGCGUGAUGAACAUACGGCCUGGCAAUUUUGACGAGAUCGACCGAUCGGUGUUCGAUCGUUUUUCAAAAAGGAACAUCGACGAGAUCGAUCCCGUAUUCGACAGCUUCUUCAAGCGGAACUUCGACGAGAUCGAUCGAGCUAGUUGGAGCGGAUUUGUCAAGAGGCUCAAUAAUUAUCUGGCAGACAGACAGCGACGUUAA